AUGGCUUCCAACCAGAACUUCCUCCUUACACCUCAGCAGCAGGAGCUGCUUUUCGCCGCCCUCAACGCCAACCGGCCGGCGGGCGGCUCGUCCGGCAUGUCUCCCAACGGAGCCGGCGUGACGGACACACCCGUCACGACAAAGCCCACCGAUCUCAUCAACAGCAUCGCCGACAGUUCGUUCCUCGACUACGACUACUCAUUCGACGGCGCCGACACCAGCCUCGAUUUCUCGCUGGAGGGCGACCAGUCGAACUUCAUUGACAAUGACGAUGCCGACGCCGACGCCGAUGAUGCAAAGACCGAUUCGGCUCCUAGCAAUGCCGACAACGACUCGCCGGACAAAAGAAGCCAUCCGGACGAUGACGACGAGGACGAUGGCAUCAUAGCGAAGCGCCACGAGAGCACAGAAAAGGUGCCCAAGAAGCCCGGCCGGAAACCCCUCACAUCAGAGCCUAGCUCGAAGCGCAAGGCACAGAACCGCGCCGCCCAGCGGGCGUUCCGUGAGCGCAAGGAGAAGCACCUCAAGGAUCUGGAGACCAAGGUCUCCGAGCUGGAGAAGGCAUCCGAGACCGCUAACAGCGAGAACGGCGUGCUGCGGGCACAGGUCGAGAAGAUGACCGUUGAGAUCAAUGAAUACAAGAAGCGCAUGGAGCUGCUGUCACGAUCGCGGUCCACCUACACACAGGGCGGCCAGCAGGUCUUUGGUAACCCCAUCUUCAACAACAUCAACGACGUCAACUUCCAGUUUGAGUUUCCCAAGUUUGGCCAGCUGCCAGGACCAGCGUCUUCCAAUGGCACCACCGCCGUCAACACCAAUACCAACGACAACAGCCCGACAUUGUCGUCGUACAAGAGGGGAUUGUCGUUUGACACACUCAGCUCCACCUCGCCCAAGGAGCUGCCGGGUCUGAGCACGACCGCCACAAGCAACGCCAACAGCCCCGCCGAGUCCAUCAACAGCCUGAAGAAGACCAGCACCAAGGAGGACCUGUCCAAGCUGUCCAACGCCUUCACUCCGCCUUUGACCAACGGCAAUGUCGCCAACGCGUCCCGGUCCAGCAUGGAUUCGGCCUCCACAUGCUCCCCUUCCGCCUCGUCGCACACCAACACCGCCCCCAGCUCGUCGUGCGGCACUUCUCCCGAGCCCUUCACACAGUCGCCUAUGGGCUUUAAGCCUGUGGACACGUUGACGACGAUUGGGGAGGAACAGCCGGCCAUAUUUGCCAACACAAAUGCAAAUGCAAACACAGCAUCAGCUAACAUCAUGUGCCGUCUAGACUUCUCACAGUUUGCCAAUGUGGACAUCAACGACAUGAACUGGCUGGGUAACCAGACCAAUUUCCGGUUUGACCCACAGCUGUUUGGUGACUACCGCGAGCCGCAGGAGAACAUUCUGUCCAGUGGUGGCUUCGACGACAGCUUUUUCAACGAUGCUCUGGAAAUUGACUUCACCACUCCGUUCAACAUGGCGCCGAGCCCCGUCGUGCCUGGCGGGAACAAGAGCAACCUGAUUGCUCAAAUCGAUGCAGCCAAGGAGGGCGAGUUCGCCUCGUCGUCCAUUGCAGGCGCGGCCGGCGUUCCGGCUGUGGCCAAGCUUCCUGCUGCUGGCGGUAUGCUCACAUGCAACAAGAUUUGGGAGCGUCUGCAGAAUUGCCCCAAGGUCCAGAACGGUGACUUUGAUCUGGACGGCCUGUGCUCGGACCUGCAGAAGAAGGCCAAGUGCUCCGGGUCGGGCGCCGUCGUUGACGAGACGGACUUUAAGUUUGUCAUGAACAAGUAUCUCGACAAGGACGGCGAGUCCGACUGCACAAAAGAUCUGAUAGACGACGUCAAGGCGCCUGUCGCAUGA